GCGCGGGGCCGGGGGGAAGGAGAGGGAACAAAGCGCAGGAGCUGCCAGGCGCUGAGGGAGAAGGGGGCCCCCAGGGCUGCCUGCGGCCAUGGGGGUGCAGGACCGGCCUCAGUGCUUUUUUGACAUCGAAAUCAACCGGGAGCCAGUUGGUCGAAUUAUGUUUCAGCUCUUCUCAGAUAUAUGUCCCAAGACUUGCAAAAAUUUCCUUUGCUUGUGCUCAGGUGAAAAAGGAAUUGGAAAAACAACUGGAAAAAAACUGUGUUACAAAGGCACUACAUUCCAUCGUGUGGUUAAAAACUUCAUGAUUCAGGGUGGGGACUUCAGUGAAGGUAAUGGAAAAGGUGGUGAAUCUAUUUAUGGUGGCUAUUUUAAAGAUGAAAACUUUAUUCUCAAACAUGACAGAGCGUUCCUUUUGUCAAUGGCAAACCGAGGGAAACAUACCAAUGGUUCCCAAUUUUUCAUAACAACAAAACCUGCUCCUCAUCUUGAUGGUGUGCAUGUUGUCUUUGGACUGGUGAUUUCUGGUUUUGAAGUAAUAGAACAAAUAGAAAAUCUGAAAACUGACACUGCAAGUAGGCCCUAUGCAGAUGUACGAGUUAUUGAUUGUGGGGUGCUUGUUACAAAAUCAGCAAAAGAUGCUUUGGAGAAGAAGAGAAAAGUAUGUUCUGACUCAGAAGCUUCAGACUCCUCCUCCUCCAGUGCAUCAAGCUCUUCAGAAACUUCGUCUGAAAGUGAAACUGAAAAUGAAAGAAGUAGAAGAAGAAAGCGUAAAAGAAGAGCUAAAACUAAACAGUCAAGGAAACGAAGAAGAGAGGAGAGGAAGAAAGAGGAUCCGAGGUGCAAGCGAACCUCAAACCAAAGACGCAGUAUUUCUGACAAGAGUGAUGUAAAUGAAAAAGCAAUCGAUGUUAGCACAAAGAGGGACAAGCCUGUGGUACGUCCUGAAGAAAUUCCCCCAGUGCCUGAAAACAGAUUUUUGCUGAGAAGAGAUGUGCCUGUUGUCAACGUAGAACCUGAACCGAAGCAUCUUGAUGCUGCACCAGUUCUGACUGACCAGAAACCAUCAGUCUCUAAAUCGGGACGAAAAAUUAAAGGAAGAGGCACAAUACGAUAUCACACCCCACCUCGGUCACGGUCAUGUUCUGAAUCCGAUGAUGAUGAGAGUAGUGAGACCCCUCCCCACUGGAAAGAAGAAAUGCAGAGAUUAAGAACAUAUAGACCACCUAGUGGAGAAAAGUGGAGUAAAGGCGAUAAGUUGAGUGACCCAUGUACAAGCAGAUGGGAUGAAAGGAGCGCAUCCCGGAGAUCGAGAUCUUGGUCACCUAAUGGCUAUUCUGAUCUAAAUACAACGAGAUAUUCUAGCCAUCACAAAAAACACAGAAAAGAGAAAAAGAAAAUGAAACAUAAAAAGAAAUCUAAAAAGCAAAAGCAUUUCAAGAAGCACAAGCAAACUAAAAAAAAGAAAACAUCACCAUCAUCAGAUGUGGAAUCCUCUCAUUCCUUCCUCAGGAAGGCAAAAUCAUCUUGUGAUCAUGAGAGGAAAUCUCGUUCUUCUUCAUCGUCUUCUAGACAUUCAUCUAGAAGAGACUGGUCUAAAUCUGACAAGGAAGAUCAGAGUUCAUCGACUUUAUCCAGCAGAGAGACUCGGUCAUACAGGUCUAGGUCAAGGUCUAGAUCUAAAUCAAGAUCUUAUUCCCGAGGAAGUUCUAGAUCAAGAUCAGCCUCUAAAUCAUCACGUUCUCAAAGUAGAUCAAGAUCAAGUUCUAAUUCUAGACAUCAAAAGACAGUUUCCAAUUCACCUCGAAAUAUUUCGGCACGAUUAAAUGAAAAUAAGUUGAAUAAGACUACUGACCCUGUAAGAGCAGUUAUAUUACCGACUGAUAAAGUUAUUGUACCACCAGUUGUCCCAGAAAACCUCCCUGUUAUACCCUUAAGUGAUAGCCCACCACCUUCAAGAUGGAAACCUGGGCAGAAACCAUGGAAGCCAUCUUAUGAGCGAAUUCAGGAAAUGAAAGCUAAAACAACACAUCUAAUACCUGCACAAACUAAUUAUAAUUUAGUAAUUAUUAAAGAGGCUAAUAUUUCUUCAUCCUACCAUAAGCAACAAAGGAGUUCAGAUAGUGAUCGAAGUGGUUAUUCCAAAUAUCAUAGUGACAGAAGCUCAGAUAGUUGGCUGAGGUCAAGAAGCAGGUCCUCUCGAAGUAGGUCAUACUCAAGAUCUUAUACGAGAUCAAGAAGUCCAUCUAGCUCAAGAACAAAAUCCCGUUCUUCAGGCAGAUCGCCAUCACUAAGUAAAUACCACAGUGACAGGUCAGGUUAUAGUGAGUCAACAUCUUAUUAUUCCCUUAGUAGUGAUGAUAGGCACAGAAACAAAAGAAAAUCUGCAGCCAAGGAGCAAAACACUCGGUCUCUUAAAAUAAGACAAGAAACUAGCUCUGAACGUACUCUCCAUUAUAAAGGUACUAAAGACCAUGAUGAAUCUUCUCAAGGUUUAAAAGAGAGUGACAGUUUAUCAUCUUCAGACUUUUCUACUGAUAGUGAGCGUUCUGUCAAAACAAAAGUAGUCCAGGAAAAAGAUAGCCAUUUUCAGUCAGAAACAGAUGCUCAGAAACAGGAUAAAAGUAACCUUAGUUCUGAGAGAAAAGAGGAAAAAUUGAAGUGUGAACGAGAUUCUGAUCAUUCGAAAAAGAAAGCUGUUAAGGAGAAAUCUUCUGGGCAAUCUAGAGGUGGUGCAAAAACUAAACAAAAAUCCUACUCGGGUAGUAAAUGGGACUCAGAGUCAAAUUCAGAACGAGGAGAUGCUAGGCAUAACAGAGGAGAUUCCAGACCUUCCUCUGGUAAAGAGGAAGGAGAGGCCUCUUCAGGAUCUGAUACAGAGCUUAGCGUUACCAAAAGGACAAAAACAAAAUCAAAUUCUUCAGAAGGUUUUUUGGAUUCUGAUUGUACUUGGAAGACAAGCAAACAGCAGCUAUCCUCUUCUGAAUCUGAGAGUUCUCAUUCUAGCUCAAUAAAUACUAGAGGAAAGUCAAAAAAACACAAACAUGGAUUGAAAAAGACUCUUAAAAAAUCACAUUCCAAAAAAACAAAAGAAAAAUCAAAAGGGAAAAAAGAGAAGAAACACAAAGUUCAGAAAAGAAAAGAAAUGUUUCACUGGCAGCCCCCGCUGGAGUUUGGUGAAGAAGAGGAUGAUGACCUAAAUGAAAAGCCAGUCACCAAGGACGAUAAGAAAGAAAAGCAGCUUAUCAGAGACAUAAAAGAUAAAAAACAAGACACUUACGAAAAUGAUGAAAUACUCAAAGAUACAAUAGGAAAUGGUGAAAAAUCUUGUGCAGAUGAAAAUUUCUUAGGUAAAAACACUACAUGUGAUACUUCAUCAGAUCACAGUAACCUUACUAAAGAUAACAUUGAACCAAACACUUCAACCAGUACGCUAAACUCGGGUAUAAAUGUGACUGCUUCCAGGAAUGAGAUUAAGCAUACUGAAGAAAGCAUUCAGAAUGGACUGGAAGAUGUUAUUCAGACAGAUGACAACAUGGAAAUUUGUACUCCAGAUCGUAACUCGCCGGGAAAGGUGGUCGUGGACGUUUUGUCUCCUGUCAUCCUCGGUACUAAACCCCAGGCUUUAAGUGUUAGUAUGAACAAAGAUGUACAGAUUGAAACCCCUGAACCAGAUGCUGUCAAACUAGGAAACAGUAUUUUAGAACUGAUUAAUAUCAAAGAAGAAAAAGAAGUAGGAAGACAAGAAAAUAAUUCUGUUUCAGUGUCUAGCGCUAAAGACAGCAGUUUAAAAAGUGAAACAACUGAAAAUACGCACCGUAAUGUGGUGGAUAAUAAAUGGAAGCCUUUGCAAGGUGUUGGCAAUUUACAGUCAGCUACUGUUAGUACUGCCACAGAAGUUAAGAAUGCAGUUUCAGCUCCAGAGCCAAAACCAACAGGUUUAAGAAUUGAAAUAAAAGCUAAGAAUAAAGUAAGGCCUGGAUCUCUGUUUGAUGAAGUUAGAAAAACAGCACGGCUCAAUCGAAGGCCAAGGAACCAAGAAAGUUCCAGUGAAGAAGAAUCUCCAAGUAGAGAUGACAAUAGCCCAUCCAGGAGUCUUAGUAGGUCACGAAGCAAAUCUGAAUCCAAAUCCAGACACAGAACAAGAUCCAUAUCUUAUAGUCGCUCAAGAAGUCGGUCACGAAGUUCUACAUAUUCAUAUAGGUCAAGGAGCUAUACAAGAAGCCGAAGCAGAGGAUGGUAUAGCAGAGAUCGGUCAAGAAGUCGAAGCAGCUCUUAUCACAGUUACAAGAGUCGCAGUCGAAGCUAUAGUAGAAGUAGAUCCAGAAGUAGUUCUUACGGUCAUCGCAGUCGAUCCAGUAGGUCAUACACUUAUGAUAGUUACUACAGCAGAAGUCGAAGUAGAAGUAAGAGGAGUGACAGCUAUCGAAGAUCUAGAAGUUAUGAUAGACGAUCCAGAUCGUAUGGCUCUGACAGUGAAAGCGAUCGCAGUUACUCUAACAAUCGAAGUCCCAGUGAAAGCAGCAGAUAUAGCUGAAAAUGUUUCUUUGACGAUGGAAAGUAUAUUUAAGAAUUUUGUCAGUGUUGUGUAAAAACAAACAAAAAUGUUGUUUUGACAGUGCUGCAGGUGAAGUUGAAGGAUGUUUAUACUGAGUGAGCUGAAACUUUACCAUUUAGCAGUGAACUCAUUUGACUGACUGUGUACCUAUAGAGAGAAGUUGCUGAUCUCAACUCAACUGUUUUUAUGUCAAAUGUACUUUUACAAAAUAGGAAAAGUUGUUUUUUUUUUU